AUGGGCUGUGGAACUAGGGGAAUACGAUGUGAUUUUUUUACUACCCAUAACUAUAAAGUCACAGGUCCUGGCAGAUUUGUGUCCGACUUCUCCCCUACCUUGCUCCCAGCUCUGGAGCAAGAAGUGCUCCUACGAAGCGAAACAAAGAAAGAGGGAGAAUGGGUCCUGCAUGUCGAUGGAUCCAACAACAUCAGAGGAGCCGGGGUAGGAAUAGUGCUUACCUCGCCGACAGGGAACACGGCCUCAAGGGCCUCAAUUCGCAACUUCAAAGUGACCAACAACGAAAGCGAGUACAAGGCCGAAAUUGCAGAGCUAACACUCGCCCAUCAAAUGGGGGCAGAAAACAUCCAGGUCUUCGGUGACUCCCAGCGGAUAAUCAACCAAGUGCAGGGAGAGUACCAAGCAAAGGACGAUAGCAUGAUCCAGUAUCUGGCGGUCGCCCAUCGACUCAUCAAGAAAUUCAAGAGUUACAAGCUCACUCAAAUCCCCAGGGAGCAGAACUCGCAAGCCGAUGCCCUGGCUAAUCUAGGGUCUGCCCUCGAAACGAACAGCCAGAUGAGCAUACCCUUGCUUGUGCUUCAACAGCCAGCCACCCUGGAAGAACCCAAAUCCGAAGAGGUCUCUGCUAUCAAAGAGGGCGAAACCUGGAUGACCCCCCUAGUCCGGUACCUAGAGAAUGACGUUCUCCCGGAAGAUCGCAAGGAGGCCAGAAAAAUUAAGAAGCAAGCCGCAAGAUAUUAUAUCUUCAAGGAGAAGCUAUACCGGAGAUCCUUCUCAGGCCUGUACUUGAGAUGUGUUACACCUCGAGAAGCCGCUAGAAUCCUUGUAGAACUACAUGAACGAGAUUGUGGAUCCCACUCUAGCGGCAGGAGCCUGGUGCUCUGGGGCAGAAGGGCAGGCUACUAUUGGCCCACGAUGGCCGCAGACGCCAACCGACAUAGUGGGGAAAUUCCCUAUGGCGCCGGGCAGAAGGUCUUCCUUCUGGUAGUCACUGAGUACUUCUUCAAAUGGGUCGAAGCAGAAGCACUCAGCCGGAUAACAGACCUCCAGAUUCGCAAAUUCCUGUGCACAAACGUAAUCACUCGCUUCGAGGUCCCCCAUGAGAUCGUCACCGACAAUGGACCCCAGUUCACGAGCCACAACUUCAAGGAGUUCUGCAAGGACCGGGGCAUAAAGCUUACCUUCACCACACCCCAACAACCCCAGUCUAACGGACAAGCCGAAUCCACGAACAAGACCGUAGUCAACAUGCUUAAAAAGCGACUGGAGGGUUCUCACGAGAAGUGGGCUGAAGAACUGCACAGAGUUCUCUGUGCCUACAGGACCACUCCCAAGACAGCGACGCAUGAAACUCUUUACUCGCUAGUCUACGGCUCUGAGGUAAUAAUACCCACGGAGAUGCAUGUGAGAACAACAGUCUCAGGCUCUACCUCUCGAGAAGAGAAUGAUGAGCUGAUGACGCUGAGCCUCGACCUACUCGACGAAAAGAGAGAGGCCGCUCAGCUAAGAAACUGGUCCUACCAGCAAGACGUCGCCAGGACAUACAACAAGAAAGUCAGAACCAGGACCUUCCAGCAAGGGGAUUGGGUUCUACGACGAGCAGAAAAAACGACAGGGAAGCUCACCCCCGGAUGGGAAGGACCCUAUAAGGUAAUCGGGGUGCGGAGAGUAGGAUCCCACAUGCUACAAGAUGGCAAAGGAAACACUGGGUAUACUUGCAAAAGUACUGUGAAAUACAGGGAGAAAAAGUGCAAAAGUCUGGGAGCACCUCAUAAUCUCUGCUUAUCUAGACGUGGAAAGCAGCAAAGCCUGGCACUUGGGUCAUAA